AUCGUAAAAGCAGUGGAAGCGGAGGCGAAGAUAGCAAAAAUGAUAAAAAUAAAUGAUAUUCAAAUGGAGGAUCGUACAAAAUCUUAAACCCUUGACUAGUAACCCAAAAUUCGAAUAUCCUUUCGUUUUCCCUUAGUAAUGUAGGUUUCAAUCCGCCUUGCCCUGGAAAUUUCCUCGCACUAUUCUGCAUUCGCCUUGCCCUGGAACUCUGCAUUCCAGAGCCCCAAAUUUUAGUAUAAGUAGAACCCAUUCUUGCUGUGCUGUAAAUAUAGCCAGGAGCAUAAGACUUUUUUGGAGAGCAUUGAAGUUAGUGUUGUCUGUAGUCUUGAACAUGUCGAGUAGCUGGGACGAGAGGCUGAGGAUGUCGAUGCUCAUGAAAAGUCCUAAGCUGGAGGAAGACAUAGAUGAAACCGCCGGAUCUUCGAGCUUGACAAUCUCGUACCAGCAGCAAAUCAGGCCGCUACUUGAUGCCGUAGAUAAGCUGCGGACCCUGAACAUAAUGAACGAAGGAAUCCAGCUUCCCAGCAUUGUGGUUGUGGGCGACCAGUCCCACGGCAAGUCCAGUGUUUUGGAGUCCCUGGCUGGCAUCAAGCUUCCCAGGGGAAUGGGCAUCUGCACACGAGUUCCCCUCAUCAUGAGACUCCAAAGCUGCAGCGACAAAUCUGAGGCCCAAAUCUCCAUCGAGUACAGCGGCAAAAAGGAGAUGAUAAAAGAGUGGGACAUAACAUCCGAGAUCGAGGCCGCGACACAAGAAAUUGCAGGGGGCGGGAAAGGAAUAAGUUACACUCCGAUAACGCUUCACAUUACAAAAGUUGGAGCUCCGGAUUUGACAAUGGUAGACUUACCGGGCAUCGCCAGAGUUGCAGUCGACGGGCAGCCGGCGGACAUCUAUGAGCAAAUAAGUGAAAUGAUAAUGGAGUACAUCAAACCGACGGAGAGUAUUAUUCUCAAUGUUUUGGCGGCGACUGUGGAUUUUCCGACCUGUGAAUCCAUUAGAAUGUCGCAGAUAGUGGAUCCAAAUGGCGAGAGGACUCUGGCUGUGGUGACCAAGUGCGACAAGGCGCCUGAGGGGCUUCUGGAGAAAGUGACGGUGGACGCCGUCAACAUUGGGCUCGGGUACGUCUGCGUCCGCAACGGCAUUGGCGAGGAAAGCAAUGCUGAAGCCCGGCAGAGGGAAAAGCAGCUGUUCGAUUCCCACCCGCUGCUGAAGAAGAUCGACAAGGAAAUGGUGGGAAUCCCUAUGUUGGCCCAGAAGCUUAUGCAAAUCCAGGCCACCACCAUCAACACAACGCUCCCCCAAAUCUGCAACCAAAUCGACGACAUGCUGGCAAAGCGCCAGUCUGAGCUGAGCAGCCUCCCUCAGCAUCUCUGCAACCGGCAGGAGGCCGACGUGGCGUUCGUGAAGCUGCUGAACGAGAUCAAGGAGUCGCUGAAGAAGAUUGUGAUUCUGGGUGAGUUUCAGCAGUUUCCAGAUGAUCCCCAAAUGCACUGUACUGCCCGCCUGCGAGAGAUGUUCGACAAGUUCUUCAAAGAGCUCUGUCAGAGUGGCGCAGUGAAUACCAAGUUUCUGGCAAAGGAAACCCAAAUGCUGGGAGAAGCUAAGGGCGUUGGGCUGCCUAAUUUCUUGCCGCGCUCUGUUUUUCUAGACCUGCUGCAACAAAAGGUUGAAGAGGUCUCUGACAAGGGACUCGGGCUUGCAUCAACCGUUUGGCAAUACCUCGAAACGGUCAUAAAUCGGGUCAUUGAGCACUACUGCCAGUGUUACCCGCAGCUCAGGUCGCGCGUUCAGCGAGCUGUGCAAUGGCUGGUAGUGGAGAAGAAGCAGGAAUGCACUGCACAUGUUAAGCAAAUGCUUGAGAUGGAGAAAGGCAUCGAUUUUACCCUCGGUCCUGCAUAUAUGGAAACUUAUGGCAGGCUCAUUCAGUCGAAAGGACAGUUCAUGGACCGACUGCGCCUCCUCAUCCGGGAUUCUGGCAGGGGCUACAGCUCGGGCUCUGGUUACAAUGUAGCAGAAAAGACGGUGGUAUCGGACGAUUUUGGGGAAGUGGACGUGGCGGACAUUAUGGAAAUGCCGAGCGAGCGUGUGGAAGAGGCGUAUGAGAUGCAGAUGAGCGUUAUGGCGUAUUGGAAAGUUGUCAUUUUGAGGAUGGGAGAUGGGAUUCCUCUGCAUCUUCAGUUCGUUUGCAGAAAAUUGGUGGGCAGGGAGCUGGAGUCGCAAAUUCUGAAAGAUGUGGGUGGCCCCAAUUUCGGUGCCAUGGAAAAGAUUAUGGAAGAAAGUCCAGUGGUGGCUACGAAGAGAAAGAGCCUGAUUAACAGUCUCCAACUGCUCAAGAAUUCCAAAACCGCGGUCGCCAACAUCAUGGAUCGGGUUGCAGAGGCGACCUAAAGGGUAUAAAAGGAUUAAAUGAUUCGAUUUCCAGUUCGCCAGCAUGCAAGGUUUACAGAUGGAGGUUUUGCUUAGCGCCACACAGAACUAUUAGAGAUGAUACAGACCCCUCUCUGUUUAAGCUUGGGGUUUGAAAAUGGAGAAUUCGGUUGACUACACCCAGAAGUAUAGUAUAUACGUAUUUCUUCUUCUGGGUAUUAGUCCGUUGCCUGAGCAAAUACUAUGUAUGCAUUAUUGGGGUGCUUAGUUAAUUAUUAUGUUGAUUCUCGGCAUGUUAUGUACUUUAAUGGACUGCUUAUAUAAAACAUCAUUGGGUUGCUUUUGUAUGGAAAAAUAUUAAUUUCUUA